UAAUGUAUAAAGUCAAAUUCUCCGUCAUUCUUUUGUGAUUUCUCUAUUGGUGAAGACAAGUUCCAGUCGUAGUAAUUUCAAUGCUAAACAAUUUUUAUAUUUGGUUUUUUCUGAUCAAUCAUAUAAACCGCCUCGAAUUUAUUACCAAUUUGUAUGCGAUUUACUGGUGAAUUAGUCAAAUUGCUGUGAAUUGUGUAAUUCUUUGUAGAAUAUUCUUGAGUUGAAAUUGUAUUUGGACGAUUUUUGAGUCGAUUGAGCCCACAAUAUCGACGCAACAUCGGAAUCCUCACUUUUGGUUAAUUCACAUUCAAAUAAACUACAACAGCAAAUUUAACUGAGCAGUCAAAACAGGAUGGAUGAGAAAUUAUCGGAAAUUGUCAAUACGUUGAAAUUGUUUGUUCAAUCCCAAAAAAAUCAACAGCAACAACAACAAGCGGCUCAAUUAGAAUUAUUAAAAACGCAUAUUCAAAUUCUGGAAGGGCUGCUCAACAGCAAUAAUAAUGCAUUGGAUUCAUCGUCAAACUCUUCAAGGUCGCCAAGAAAUUCACAAGCACAAGUGACCACGAAAGAAUGGCACAAUUCUACUACACCUGAACUCCGUAAUCAUUUGGUUAAUAAGUUGGUGGAAGCAAUAUUCCCGAACCCUGAUCCGGCGGCAAUGGUUGAUAAACGAAUGCAAAAUUUUGUUGCAUAUGCGAAGAAUCUCGAAGGUGACAUGUAUGAAUUGGCAAAUUCGAGAACUGAAUACUAUUAUUUGUUGGCCGGAAAAAUUUAUGCGAUUCAAGUGGAAUUGAUAAAGAGGCGGCAAAAACGAGAUAAACCGCUGGCACAAAUGCAGCAAGCUGCUCAAAGUGUUCAAGAGGAUCAAGUCGCCUCAACUUCUGCAGCAGCACUAGCAUGUAACUGUUCACCACAACAAUCCGACGCAAUGCAAACUGAAACUCAAUCAAAUCAACAGCAACAACAAGAAAAACCAAUUCAAUCGACUCCAGUUGAAAUGACACCAGUGCAAAGUGUGGAUACUCAUACACCAGUUGACACUCCAGGGUUGCCAACGAGCUCAAAUCAAGAGUCACAAGUGGUAAACGAAAGCAUUGGCAUAACAGACCAGUCGAAUGAAAUCUCACAAGAAGAUAAUUGGGUUGUUGUGAAGGCUGAACCGUCUGAUAAUUCCAUAACGACGGAUCAAAUUAUUGCUCAUCGGAAGAGUUGCAAGGACUUCAACUGUCCAGCAUGUUUACCGUUGAAUUUGGCCAUCAGGGAAUUGAAGAAAUCAAAAGAAAAUAUCGAUUCUAUUUUGGGAUUGUUGGAAAUGGAACGCAAUGUUUGAAAGCCAUAUUGCGAUUACUUGAUAUUGAAUCAACUUCAGUGAAACGAAGAUAACAGUUUUUCUAUUUAAAAACUGAUUCAAAAAAAAAUUCGCUUCGUUUUAUCUAUAGUUAAAUUCAUAACUACAUAUGUAAGGACAUUUCGGUAUAAAAACAACUGGAAACAGUAGAUUCGAGUAAUUUUGACUGGAAAUACCUCAGCCGCACAUACACAUCUUACUUAUAAGUAAUUUGCUACCUCAAUCCGAUUACCAUCCAUUUACGUACUAGUAUCAUUUACCAGUUUGUUUUCAAUAUCGAUGUGAUUUAAAUUAUUCAAUGUAUCCAAAUGUUUAGUUUUAAUUUCAAUGAGUUUUUAUUUUUUUUUAUGAAUACGAUCUUUAUGAUGAGUUGAUUUCAGCUUUGUUCUACCUUUCCCAAUACUAGCAUCGAUCAACGUCGAAUUAUCUACUUUUUGUGUAUUCUUGAAAAUUGAUCACAAUAAAUCGAAUUUUUUUUUAACCAA